AUGGAAUCCAUGGCCGACGCCACCGAAGGUCCUGGAGCGGAAGAUGAAUCCCAGCGCCAGCUUCGACUGGGACACAUCUGCCGGCAACUAGAGUUCUAUUUUUCUGAUUCGAACUUGGCCCGUGACGUCAUCCUACGGGAGGUGCUUACUGACGGCCGCGGUGGUGUUGAACUUGCCUGGCUGCUUGAGUGUCCCAAACUUCGUGCUUGGGGCGCCACGCCUGCAGAGCUCAAAGAAGCCGUGCGCAUCUCAUCGAAGCUGGAGCUCCAAGAAGCUGAGGCUGCGGACGCAGACAAGCUCGCCCGGGUGCGUCGAAAGAUCGCGGACCCGGAAGCCUUGCCAGAAGUGGUGGAAGAUCCUGGUCGUGUAGGUGGCACAGUGCUCAUCGUCACCUGUGGCACGAAGAGGCCACUGAAAACUCCGAGCGCAGGAGUUCGCUUUGACAGUGACACAGGCAGCUCUGAAGGCACUCGGUCCGAUGCGGAAAGCGAGGACGAAGCCUCUGCAGGCGGUGAUGGUGACGAGACAGGUCCUCGUGGUGCCGUUCGCCGCGCAGUGCGUGACCUCGGUGCUCCACGUGGUGCUAUUUUGGGUGCUUCAGACCCCAACAGCUUCGGGGAGGUUGUGGCCGGGGCCUCGACCGGCGAAAGCACUUCGUUCGACAAAACAUGA